CGAGGACCAGUGCAGCGUCCCCUAGAAAUACGAAAAAAUGACUCAUCUUCAUCUUCAUCUUCUUCAACCUUCUCGCACUCUGAUCUCUUUCGCCAAGAAAAUCACUUCCCCAUCGUCGUCGCCCCACUGGAGGAGACCUCCGUGUUGCAGAAUGUCGAGCGGCUCAAACCCAUCAUCGUCACUCUCUCGCACCCUCGCUCUGCCUGUUCAGCCCAGCGAACCCGUCCACAUUGUCGCUGCCCCCGGAAUCUCUGAUUCCCAGUUCAGAAGUGCCGUUGACUCGUCUCUGUUCAAGCAGUGGCUCAAGAACUUGCAGAGCGAAACUGGGAUUUUGUCUAGCGGCGCUGCGACGCUGAAGCGAGUGCUUAUCCAGGGCGUGGAUAUGUUUGGAAGCCGCAUUGGGUUUCUCAAAUUCAAGGCAGAUAUUUUUGACAAAGAAACUGGGAAAAAGGUGCCAGGUAUAGUUUUUGCUCGAGGACCAGCUGUAGCUGUGCUGAUACUGUUGGAUUCGGAUGGAGUAACUUAUGCUGUUCUUACUGAGCAGGCUAGAGUUCCUGUGGGGAGGUUUGUUUUGGAAUUGCCUGCUGGAAUGUUGGAUGAUGACAAAGGCGAUUUUGUUGGCACAGCAGUUCGUGAGGUCGAAGAGGAGACAGGCAUCCAGCUGAAUCUGGAAGACAUGGUUGACCUGACAGCUUUUCUCGAUCCAUCUACUGGAUGCAGGGUGAUUCCUUCUCCGGGAGGUUGCGAUGAAGAAAUAGGCAUCUUCCUAUUCAGAGGGAAUGUGGACUCAGAGAUCAUCAAGCAGCUGCAAGGCAAGGAUACUGGUCUUCAAGAGCAUGGCGAGCUCAUUAAGGUUCGUGUCGUACCUUAUGAGAAACUGUGGCGUGCAACCGGUGAUGCGAAGGUUCUAAUGGCGAUCGGGCUCUACGAGAUGGCCAAGCGAGAAGGUCUCCUUCCUUUGAAAAGUCAACCUGCUUCUUCAGCGAGACACUGAAGCUUUCUCUCGUUCCAUGAAAGGGCUGGUCAAUCGGUUCAAUUAUGUCAUGUUUACACUUUAGAGCCAGAUUUUGCACAUCAACAUUGCAUUUUUAGGGUGGUUAAAGCUGGUCAUCCAUGUUGGAUCAGGAGAUUUGCACGAAAUUGUUUUUUUGACCUGACAUCAACCGAUGCAGCUGAAAAGCAUACGAAGGGCUAAGUAACUUGUCUGUUCAUUUCUUAUCAAUAGUAACAAAUUGAACCCUCGUGUCGAUA